AUGACUGGCCGUGGUAAAGGAGGAAAAGGACUCGGAAAGGGGGGCGCCAAGCGUCAUCGCAAGGUUCUUCGUGAUAACAUCCAGGGUAUUACCAAGCCCGCUAUCCGUCGUCUGGCUCGUCGUGGAGGUGUCAAGCGUAUCUCUGGUCUGAUCUACGAGGAAACCCGAGGCGUGCUGAAGGUAUUCCUGGAAAACGUCAUCCGUGAUGCUGUAACCUACACCGAACACGCCAAGCGAAAGACCGUCACCGCCAUGGAUGUUGUCUAUGCUCUGAAGCGUCAGGGACGCACAUUGUACGGAUUUGGAGGUUAAAUAAUUAGGACUGCUUACAAAAAAAGGCCCUUAUAAGGGCCACAAUACGAUGAAUGAAGGUUUUAAUUGAAGUUUGCUCCGUUGUUAUGGAAGUAACAGUUUACGAUUUUAGAGCAUAAAUUUGAAAGAACAUUUUCAAUUCAAGGCGUUUGAUUUUUUAUUGUGUCUGUAUCAGUCAAUAAAAUUAAAAUAUUAACUUUAAUUGACUAUAGGUUUACAUAGUCAUAGCUAAAUCGGUUAGAGUAAACACCGGUGCAUCGGGUGUUAUGCUUACUCUCACUAGUAUCCCGAAGCUCUUGGCUGUCAUAACAUAACAAGAUUACAGUGUACGAGAUGAUUGUCGCUCCAGUUGUAAAUUAUGCUAUAUGCCAGUGUGUGGGCCUCAUGUGAAAAGGCGAAAAAUAGGAUACUGUGAAACAUCCUUAACCUUUCAACACAAGGAUCUCUAACCUACGCCGAGCUAGUGGGUAUAAACAAAUUUAAAAUGUUAUUUAACACAAAGUAAACAUAAAUAUCAAUUCAUUG